AUGACGGAGACGAAAAUUCGAACAGAGGAGGCACGUGACCUCACGCGUGUUGAGCGCAUUGGGGCGCAUUCGCACAUCCGCGGCCUGGGCCUUGACGAUGCUCUUGAGGCGCGUAUGAGCAGCCAAGGAAUGGUGGGGCAGGUGGAGGGUCGUCGUGCUGCCGGCGUGGUGGUGCAGAUGAUAAAGGAGGGAAAGAUUGCCGGUCGAUGUGUUCUUCUUGCCGGUGGCCCUGGAACCGGCAAGACGGCGAUUGCAAUGGGAAUGGCACAGGCACUUGGUGCCGAGACCCCAUUUACCAUGAUUGCUGGCAGUGAGAUCUUUUCGCUUGAGAUGUCAAAGACAGAAGCUCUCACGCAGGCAUUUCGCCGAAGCAUUGGGGUUCGCAUCAAGGAAGAGACGGAAAUCAUAGAGGGUGAAGUGGUUGAGAUAUCUAUUGAGCGACCGUCGACAAAUCCCGCUGAAGCAAAAGGACGCACCGGUCAAUUGGUGCUGAAGACAUCAGACAUGGAGUCAACGUUUGAUCUCGGAGCUAAGAUGAUUGAGAGUCUUCAAAAGGAAAAGGUGCAGGUUGGUGAUGUUAUUACCAUCGAUAAAGCCACCGGCAAAAUUAAUAAACUAGGCCGAAGUUUUGUGCGAAGCAAAGACUAUGACGCCAUGUCGUCCAACACGAGAUUUGUUCAGACGCCAGAAGGGGAACUGUCAAAGAGAAAGGAGGUGGUCCAUACGGUAACGCUUCAUGAAGUGGAUGUCAUCAACUCAAGGCAGCAGGGUUUCCUUGCCUUGUUCGCUGGUGAUACGGGCGAGAUCAAGCACGAGGUGCGUGAGCAAAUUGAUCAACGUGUGGCUGAAUGGCGAGAAGAAGGCAAAGGUGAAAUUGUGCCUGGUGUUUUGUUUAUUGACGAAGUACAUAUGCUUGAUAUUGAGUGUUUCUCGUGGCUGAAUCGUGCAUUGGAAAGUCCUCUUGCACCCGUUGUAAUUAUGGCCUCCAAUCGCGGUAUUUCCCGUAUCCGUGGGACGCACUAUAAAGCGCCACAUGGCAUUCCCAUUGAUCUGCUUGAUCGCAUGGUCAUUGUCACGACGAAACCAUACUCUGAGGCGGAGCUUAGCAAAAUUAUUCGCAUUCGUUGUGAAGAAGAAGACGUGGAAAUGGAUGAGGAUGCCAUAGCAUUGCUUACCAUGCUUGGUAAGAGCACAUCAUUGCGAUAUGUCCUCCAGCUCAUUACAACGGCAAAUUUGGUUGCCCAGAAGCGUCGGGCCUCUACAGUAUCUAUUCACGACAUCAAGAAGGUGUACUCUCUUUUCAUUGACCUGCGUCGCAGCGUGGAGCUUCUGCGGGAACACGAGAAGGACUUUCUUUUUGGGGAAGCAGAUGAAAAUCUUGAGUCGGGCCACCGUACAAAUUGCCGAAACGAAGAAGAGGAUUAG